AAAAAACUACCUUUCACAAAUUGAAACUUCUAUAUAUAUCUUCAACUGUUAUUUGAAAAUAUGGCAAUGGCCCUUCCCGCCUUUACAGUCACUGCCUCCGACUAUCAGCCUUGGCCGUCUCCACCACUCCCCGCCGCUGCCAACACCCUCCGCAGCCUUAAGAACCCCAACAGUAAUCUCGACUCUACAGCUUCAUGGACCUCUUUAAUUGCCAGUCACUGCAAAAACGGCCGGUUAAUCAAGGCGGUUUCCGAGUUCACCCGCAUGAGAAUUUCCGGUGUUGAGCCUAAUCAUGUUACUUUGGUUACUCUGAUCUCCGGCUGCGCACAUUUUCCUGCGGAAGCGAUGUCUUUAGGUUCUGCUCUUCACGGGUAUGCUCGAAAACUCGGGUUGGAUACUCGGAAUGUGAAGGUGGGUACUGCUGUUAUCGACAUGUAUGCGAAGUUUGGACUUAUGGGGUUUGCUAAAUUGAGUUUUGAUCGUAUGGGUGUUAAGAAUAAGGUGACUUGGAACACCAUGGUUGAUGGUUACAUGAGAAAUGGCGAUUUCAAGAAUGCGGUUAAGAUGUUCAAUGAAAUGCCUGAAAGAGAUGUUGUUUCGUGGACGGCUUUGAUUGGUGGAUUUGUCAAGAAUGGGCAUUUUGAAGAAGGUUUAAUGUGGUUUAGAGAAAUGCAGUUACAUGGUGUGGAGCCUGAUUAUGUAACAAUGAUCUCAGUGCUUUCGGCUUGUGCUAAUUUGGGGACUCUUGGUAUAAGCCUAUGGUUACACAGGUUUAUCUUCGGAAGCAGAUUUAAGGAUAAUGUUCGUGUUAAUAACUCGUUAAUAGACGUAUAUUGUAGGUGUGGAUGCGUAGAAUUGGCGUGUCAGGUGUUUGAUAGGAUGAAAGAUAGAAGCUUGAUUUCGUGGAAUUCGAUCAUUGUAGGCUUAGCAGUCAAUGGGCACACGGUGGAUGCCCUACAGUAUUUUGAUUUGAUGCUGAAUGAAGGUUUUCAACCGGAUGCGGUGACCUUUACAGGAGUUCUCACGGCAUGUAGUCAUGCUGGUUUAGUCGAGAAAGGGUUGAAGUAUUUCAAAGAAAUGAAGAGAGUUUAUAGGAUUACACCUAGGAUUGAACACUAUGGGUGUAUAGUCGAUCUUUACAGUCGUGCUGGAAGAGUGGAAGAUGCAUUAGGUGUUAUUAAGAAUAUGCCUGUGAAGCCAAACAAAGUUAUAUUGGGGUCUAUAUUAGCAGCUUGUCGAAAUCUUAGUGAUGUAAGACUAGCUGAAAGGCUAAUGCAUUAUAUCUAUGAAUUAGAUCCGGAAGGAGAUUCAAAUCACGUGUUGCUUUCUAACAUAUAUGCUGCAGUGGGAAGUUGGCGUGGAGCUAGUACUGUGAGGAAGAAAAUGAAGGGACUCGGGAUUCAAAAGAGACCGGGAAUUAGUUCCAUUGAGAUUGAUGGUGUCCUUAACGAGUUUGUAGCCGGAGAUAGAUCACAUAUACAUGCAGAGCAGAUUUACGCAAUGCUUGAGUUUUUGUCAGGUGAGUUAAGAGUGUCUGGCUAUGUCGUAGAUGAUGUAAGUGAAUUAUACGAAUGUGGUUGAUUGCUUUCAUUUCUGUGCAAAGAAGAGUAAGUUUUUGCUUU